GCGCAAAGCGCUGGGCGGCAGGUCAAAUAGGGGUCCGACUUUCUCCCCUAAACAUAAGUUGAGUGACGCACUAAUCUAUUUAUUAUAAUCCUCCCGUUCUGCACCAAAGGCCACCCCCCUUCAAGGUCCCUUAUCAGCUGUGUUGGUAUUACUCAUUGCGCACAAAUUGACGUUUCCCCAGGAGAUUAGACAAAGUGUGGAUGUAAUUCUAGGGCGUAAGAGAGCAGUGUCGCCCGAAUGCCCCGAACCGAGUUGGCCUAGAACAGCAACACAAUGGACUUCAGCGUCAAGUCGUUCAAGGGCCUAGCCGCCGAAGCUGCUACAGUGUUCACCAGAGCUGUGCAGUACACCGAGGAACGCCUGGGUACAUCGGACAAGACUGAGCUGGAUGCCCACUUUGAGACGUUGGCACAACGUUCGGACCGAACCAAAUUUUGGACUGAAAGGCUGGUUGGCAAGACCGAGGCAGUCCUUCAACCCAAUCCAAAUGUACGUGUGGAGGACUAUCUGUUUGAGAAGCUAGACAAGAAGCGUGACAGGCUAAACAAUACUGAGCUGCUGGGACAAGACAUGAUUGACGCUGGAACCGACUUCGGCCCAGGCACUUCAUACGGGAGUGCACUGAUCAAGGUUGGCCAGGCCCAGCACAAGCUUGGGCACGCAGAGAGGGAGUUUGGACGGCUCGUUCACACCAACUAUGUCCAGCCACUUAGAAGGUUCCUCGAAGGCGACAUGAAGACAAUUUUGAAAGAGCGUCGGCUGUUGGAACACAAGAGACUGGACCUGGACGCUGCCAAAAACAGGCUACGAAAGGCAAAAUCUGUUGAUCCUCAAGCUGAGAAAGAUAUGCGCACCUCUCAGUCCGACUUUGACAGACAGGCUGAGAUCACUAGGCUGCUUCUGGAAGGCAUCUCAAGCACUCAUGUAAACCAUCUACGCUGCCUGAGUGACUUUGUAGAAGCCCAGAUGUCAUAUUAUGCUCAGUGCCAACAGUACAUGGCAGAUCUGCAGAAGGAGCUGGCAAGCAUGUCGAUAGCUGUGGGCACGGGCGGCAGUGGAGGCAGCGGCGUGUUUCAAGGGGUCUUCUCGUCCCCGACCGCAAGCGCGGGCAGCCCUUCCAACGACAUCGACCCUCUUGCCAACAGCAACCAGAAGAGAGCGCGCGUCCUCUAUGACUACGAUGCCCACGACAACUCUGAGCUAUCCCUCAUGGCUGACGAGGUCAUCAUCAUUUCACAGACAGACAGUCUGGAUCCCGACUGGAUGAUUGGGGAGAGGGGUUUGCAGAAAGGAAAAGUCCCAAUCGCAUACCUGGAGAUUCUCAACUGAGUACAUAAAGCUCGCUGUUCCAGAAACAUUUUUGGGUGUAUACUUGACUAGGCAGCAGUUGAUUAACGCAGUGUCUUAUAGCAUCAGAAACUGUACCGUUUUAGCUUUUUGGGACGUCAAGGCUUCUAUGCAAAGGAAUGUCAGCAGCUGUUUAUCCUAUUGCCUGGCACUAGGUAGGUUAUGCUUGAAGGUGUAUUCAUAAAUUAUAGUGAUCUAGGCUGUGCCAAUCAAUAAACUUAAAUUAAAAAAAAAAAAAACAAAAAAAAAAACAGGUUGAAUCGGAAAAAAAAAAAAAGAUACAAUCAUGAUCACAAGUUUUAAACCGUGAUAAUGUAUGUACUAAUACUGUGCUAAAUAUCCAUGGUGCUUUGCUUCCCCCUCCCCCACCCCCUGGUAGUACAUAGUGUUUGUGAUUUGUGUGUUCAUAUCUGUAUACUACAUACAAUCUGCUUGUUUUUAAUUCAAACAGAUUUUGUUAAGGGAAGUGACCAUGACGGGAAUGCUGUCUCCACCGUAUGCUUAUCAAGCUCGGCGGGCAUGAAUUGGAACGAUAUCUGUCCUGAUCAAUGGACCAAUCAACUAAACUCUGUUGAUUAACUUUUUAAUGACUAGUGCUAUUAUUGGUCAUGUUGCAGUUGUAGUUUUGAAGGCAAUCACCAUUGGAAGUAUGAAACCUUUUGUAAGGAGGCGUCAGGCUUCAAGAUAUUCGUCUAUCAGUUUUCAAAUCUUUCAUGACAGAUUUCAAAACUGGCCACAGAAAGAGCACCGGAGGUCCUGCCCACAACGAUUCGUAGGAGGGUGAUAUAGUCGCUUCAGGCACGUUGUUGUCAUCCGGGCAGCGCGUCCUUGGUAGAUGAGCCGAGGUAACGACAAUGUACCCAAAGUGAGUACGUAAUAAUUCUACGCAUCAUCGUGAACAGAGCUUCUGGCACUUCUGUGCCUGUUUUGGAAUCGGGCAACAAAAAUGAGAAAACUGCUCGAUGAAUACCUUGUAGCCCAUUACCAUUUUGCAAGUUGUUUAAACUGAUCUAGCCUCUUAUCAUUAUGCCAUUAGAAUCGAAAUUGAAGCGUGACCCAUAGAGCCAUUAAUUAAAAGCUAAUUAACAGAAAACCUGCGGCGGCCGUUAUCCGCUAUGAUGUCCGCUGAACCCAAUAAGCGCAGUGAAGAUGGGAUCCAUGUGUCACCUGUUUCUUCUUAAGAAGUCUGUUUGAAUUAAAAACAAACACCCUGUACACAGACACACAUCAAAGGAAGCCUCCCAUCUUUUCGAGGUCUCUUGGAGUACAGUCUAGUUCUAAUAGAGCUUAAACCAACUGUCAUGUCACUCAUGACUUGCAUCUAAAUGCUCUUUACAAGUACUUAGUUUUUAGCAACUUAUCACAGGCUCAUGCAUUGCCAACACUAACCAGCAGCAGGGCAGCUUAUGAACUUCGAAUUAUCAUCUGCCUAUUGCAUUGUUCACCCAUUUUGUGUACUUACAACGAUUUGCUUCAGGCAAACCAUGUACUAUAUAUUUCAUUCUCCAUAUUGAUAUUGUUAGAUAAGUUGGGGGAUGCUAUGGUAAUGAAUUGGGGAUGGGAACUUAUACAAAUUUAGGUAGCGAAAACACAAAAAAAUGUUGACUUUGAACAGUGUCAGUUUUGCAGUUCAUGCACAUUGCAGCAGCUGUACUUACCUAUCUCUGCACUGCUGACAAGAGCAUAAGAUUCAGUAUAAAAUUGACCUAGUUAGUGAAAAAAAUUACAAGAUGCAGUUAGCAGGAUGUCAUUAUUUAUCAGGCCCACUCAAAACAGUUGAUAGUGCUAUCUUUAAUCUCGGUCAAGAGUUGUUCAUUCAGAUAAUUAUUCAUAGUUUACAAGAAUAAUGUGCCGCUUACUGUUUCCCAACUACAAGACAUUUCUGUCAUGGUAUGUUGUGUAGGAAAUUGGAAAGUUUUCCACAUUCCAAUGGCUGGUUCAGCAAAAGCCCAACCUAGCCAAACUCUUUCUGUUAAGCCCAGUGUAUGGGCUCCAAAGCUUUUCAUCUAUUAAAGCUUUGCAUGUACUGUCACAGGUAUUAAAAACUAUUUUUCUUGGCUUGGAA